UCCUUCCCAUUUUAAAAUAAUAUUCUUCCCCAAAACCCAAAAACCAAAAACCAAAAAACCAAAAAACAAAAACAAAAACGCUUCCUUAGUCUUUCAGUUCCACCAAAACAAAAACGCUUUUUCCAAAAGAAGAAGAAGAAGAAGAAGAAGAAGAAGAAGAAGAAGAAGAAGAAGACAAUACAUUACGAUUGCAAAUCCAUACACAUUCUCACAUAGCAAACAACUUCCAUGGACUCUCACUCUCAGAUCUUGCUCCAACCCUAGCUGUUUUUCCAGGAUAAGGAGUGGGAACUUGCUGCUGGUGAGGGAUUAUGGCGGAUUAACGUAGAGAACGGUGAGGAGAGGAGAGGAGAGGAGAGGAGAAGGGAGAUGGACGAUAGAGGUGGUGGAUCGUUUGUUGCUGUGAGGAGGAUUUCUCAAGGUCUGGAGCGAGGAAAUACUUGCCAUUCAACUUCAGCUGAGGUUGUGGCAGGAUCAGCUGCAUGGCUUGGCCGGGGUCUUUCUUGUGUUUGUGCACAGAGAAGAGAAAGUGAUGCACGCCCAUCAUUUGAUCUAACCCCUGCACAGGAGGAAUGCUUGCAGAGACUGCAGAACCGCAUAGAUAUUGCUUAUGAUAGUUCAAUCACUGAGCACCAGGAGGCUCUAAGGACUCUAUGGAACGUGGCCUUCCCAGAGGAAGAACUUCGUGGUUUGAUAUCUGAACAGUGGAAGGAAAUGGGCUGGCAAGGAAAGGAUCCAUCAACAGAUUUUAGGGGUGGUGGUUUUAUUUCAUUGGAGAACUUGUUGUUCUUUGCCAAAAAUUUCCCGAAGUCAUUCCAGGAUCUCCUUCGAAAGCAGGAAGGAGAUCGGUCUCUAUGGGAAUACCCAUUUGCCGUAGCUGGGGUGAACAUCACAUUCAUGCUUAUUCAAAUGCUUGAUCUUGAAGCAGUCAAGCCACGGACUCUUGUGGGAGCAACUUUCUUGAAGUUUCUUGCAGAAAACGAUUUGGCAUUCGACCUACUCUAUUGUAUCACAUUCAAACUAAUGGAUCAUGAAUGGCUAGCCAUGCAUGCAUCAUAUAUGGACUUUAAUACGGUAAUGAAAGCAACACGACGACAGCUGGAAAAAGAGCUUCUAAUUGAGGACAUUUCAAGACUAGAAGAACUGCCCUCAUAUGGCCUUCUCAAUCGAUAAUUCGUUUACGAUCAAACCUCUCAUUUUCUAAUGGAAACAGCUCGUGAGAAAGAGAAAGCAAAGUUACGGCAAUCAUCGCCCGCCCUUCCAUAGCUUUUAACUAGUUAGUGUUUUUCUUUUUUUGUACAUGAUUAUUCUGAUCUUCCACAUUUUCAAUUUCCAAGUGGCUUUCUCUUUUGCUCCUAUGGCUAUAAGUAGUAUAAUAUCCAUCAUCCAUUCCCCACUUCAAUUCUUCAAAGAGAAAGCCCUUUCCUUUAUUCCUUCCACUUUCUUCUUCUUCUUCUUCUUCUUCUUCUUCUUUAUUGUGGGUUUCCUUUUUUCUUUUUCUCUUCCACUUUUUUCUUCUUCUUGGAAUUUGAGGUUGAGACUUGUUUGCAAUUAAGUUUGAUGGAUGAGCUUUUAAUUUCUUGCUCUGCAUACAAGACUUCCUCUCAUGACUUGUGAAUGUGAAACAUGAUAAUGAUUUUUUUGUUUGUUU